GAUGUUAGGCACGAAGACAACAGCUCCGUGUUAUGAUUUUGUUAUUGUUGCAGAAUCUUGAGGGUUUCGUGUGAGUGGAGUGUAGUGCAUGAGCAUGGAGGAUUCGGAAAAAACUCCGGAAGGCAACGCAAUGGAUAUUGUGUCGAUGGCAUUUUCAGAUGUUUCGGGAAACGGGGAUUUGAUGGAGGUAGUUACCGCUGUUUCUGACCCCGUAGCGGACGGCCAAGUCACCGUCACCGAAGACGGUGAUCAUAACGUGCAUUGUGUGGAGAGCCAAGUCGAGGAGGAAGUCUUAAAUCAAGGGGAUUUAGAACAGCCCAGACAGAUUGAGAUCCCCCUUCCCCAUAAUGCUAUAAUCACCGUGAAUGAUCAGGGGGAGCAAAUCAUUGAAUUCCCACAAGUUGUGACACAGGAUCCUGAUGAAAAUUGUGUGAUUAUUGAGCAGCAGCCUGAUCAAACCUGCCAAACUUCAACGAGUGAUCUGCAGCCAGUGCCCCAAGAAGGAGGUGAAGGGGUAUUGGCUCAUCAUAUAUCCGAAGGCGGGAAUGGUUUAGAAACCCUAACAUUUCAUGACCAAGGGCAAGAUGUUGUGGACGAACCAUGUGUGGUACCGGUAACCAUAUCGCUUACUGAUGUACAAAAGAUUCAGGAAGCUGUCAGCAGUGCCGUGCCUGACAACAUCAUUUCCAAUGAUGCCAGAACAAAUCAAGUCCCACACGGCCAUGUGGUAACAACAGGCAUAUCGGGUCUCUCCGCCAAUUCAUUGCUCGGUUCAUUCGCGAAUAUUAUUCACACUUCAACAGUGUUGUCGAACUCGAACAAUGUAUCGCAAAGCAGCAGUUCAGCUUUCGCUUCUCCUGCCAGUGCCAGCACAACUACCACAAACAAAACCCCCACUGCUGGUGGAUCCGUGAUGUCAAGCAGUCCAACCCCUUCAGCCCAGUUCAUCCACAAUGGGACAAACCUGCAGCAAAUCAAUCUUAACGAUGCUGUCUUACCCCAGACAAGCCUGAGCCAAUCUGUAUUAAACAAUUUACAACCAGUCAGUGGAAGUCGGUCAGUACUUAAUAAUGCUAACAGCAAUAUCGUCAACCUUACGGCGCAAAGUCAGAAGCCUGAUUCCACUACACUUGGGAAUCGCAGCGUCUUCUCUCCAAUGACCCUGACAAUUCGAACCCCUCCUGGGUCACCUGCAGUUAAUCAAACACUCAUCAAUAGUAUUGUUAACAAUACAGAAGUCCAAGCUCUACUGAAACGUAAUCCCGGGCAGCCCAUCACAAUUGUUAGAGUUCCUGAAGAUCCGUACGAAAAAAGAAAUAGACUCGGGCUGAACGCAAAAAUAAUAACAACAAACAGUAGUACGUUUAAUACACCAACAAACAGACCUGGCCGAGCUCGGAAAGAUGUAACCAUGCUUGGAAACAACUCGGCUGCAAAAACAUUCGCCGGUAAAAAACGCAAAAGGCAACCAGGGACAAAAGUCCCCAAGAAAGAAGUAGAGUAUGUACCCCCACCAGGAUGGAAACCGGUGAAAUCUCGCACCCGUUCGGGUCGCAUAUCCCGUCCCCCUUUGUACCGGACUGAAAAUUUUCGCACCCUUCCGCUUGUUGACAGGCAAGAUAGUCAACCAUCCGAUGAUGAAGAAUUAUCAGAUCUCGAGCCAGCUGAACCAGUGACGACAACGCAGGGUGGGCGCCUGAAGAGCUUCAAAUGUCGGAGUUGUAGUAAAGCUUACAUCGGCCGGGCGGGUCUUGCACGACACCUUAUGGCCGAGCCUCUACAUGGAAGUAUUGAGGAAUAUGAACAGUCGGAGCCGACAACGUCAUCAAAAGCAGAGUCGCCUUCUGUGGAUGGUGUUUCUAAUAAUAAACCUGCUGAUCAGACAAACAGUGAGGAUGCCGAUAAUCGCCUGUUGGAAGACUCCAAAAGCCCUGUCACUGGUCCCCCAUCGCCAGAUAAGCAACCAGAAACAAUAGAGAUUGAUACCACUGAGUCCGCCAAAGAUGAUACGCCAACAAAGCGCAGGAAAGGCCGACCACCAUUCAGGCCUGUAAUGACGGAGACUAUGUUAAACAUCAGAAAGAAGGAAAAACAGAAAGAAAGCUUGAGAAAUACAUUGGGCUUUUUAAGCAAUGAGGACUUAAUGGACGUGUGUCUGCCACGUCUGGCCAGCACCCUUUCCCCGUGGGAGUUUCUCCUCAGUAAGGCAGAGAUGACCAAGGACAACUCGUCAGAGGUGCUCAAGGUUCUACAGCUGUUUGAAGAACUGGUGUCAGAGGUCAGGGAGAUGGCUUUGAAUUGCUUAGAGAAGGCGGACGACAAUGAGCAGGACACGGAAGGAAUAUUCCUGGAUGAGGAUGAUGACUUGGCUCGCGUCCUAGACUUUGAAAAAGGCUGGUAUAAAGUUAGCGAACCCCCACCAGGGGCUACGGACGCACCCUUCAGGUAUAAGCUGUUAGAAGCAGAGGGCAUCGCCAGCACCUUGAAGAGAACAGUUGAGGUCAUCUCCAAGGAUAACGUCAAAGAUUCCGGAGAACCUGAGAUGAAAAAGAUGAGACUUGAGAAGGAUCAGGCCUCUGUUUUCCCACAAAAGCCGGAAGCAUCUCCAGAGGGUGGGACCUCCAUCUUGCAGUCAGUCAGCAAUCAUGCCAAAGAAGAAGGCAAUGCUAGCAGUGAAUCAUCAGUAAAGACAGGAGAACUAAACACGGAGAAGGAAUCAGGACUUGAGUCGGAUCAGCUGGAGACAACCUCGCCUAACUUGAAGACAAAUCAAGAAAGUGACGCAUCUCGGAUCAUAACAGCCGUAAACCCAAGUGCACAGACAUCUGACACCAUAACCCCCAUGGAUCAAGAACAGCCAACCGGGACAGAGCCAUCUACAGUGCAUAACCAGGCCUCAGGCAUCACAGAACCAUCUACACAGGCACAGUCCUCCACCCUGGUGACUCCUCUGGAUUCAGAGCAGCACACUACUAUUGAAGAGAUGGGCGAGAGCUCUGGCGGGAAGCAGUGGGUGGAGGAGGGCGCAGCCAUUCCCUCGGAGAUUGGCGUGGAGUUUGUUCAGAGGGCGGAAGAGCUUUCAGCCCUCGCUGCAUCUGCUACUGAUGACCAGGGUGAAAUGAAGGAUGCGCAUCAUCCUGAGCAGGCCCAUCAAGAAGAGACGUCGGUUGUAGUCCCAGAGGGAAGCACCAUCAUGCAAAUGCAAGACGGAACUUUCCUCGUCCAGCGGCCAGACGGUACAGCCAUGCAGAUUCACACUCCAGAGGGAAUGACCAUCGAGACGGUGCAAGAGUUAUUAUCAAUGGAGGUCGGACAAGGGUAACACCCCCAUUGGAUUUUACAAUGAGACCUAUAUAUUGUUCACAAACACAACCUCCGCAGUUGAAUGAUUUUAAGUAGUGUACCAAGAGUAGAAGGGUUAAGAGUUGAAUUUUAGUGGAUGUACACUUACAUUUUCCGUCAGACAAUGGCCGAUUAGCUGUACAAGCAAAAUAUUUGGGUUUGGUUUAAAGAAAAUAUAAAACUACUCAUGACAAACAUUUAUGAAUGGAUCGUAGAGCUAUGAGGAUGUUCAUAAAUGAAGAGGAAAAAGUAGACAAACCGGGUAGAUUUCCACUUUGUACGCAAUCUUAAGCAUUGGCCUAUGCCAGGUUUGUCUGCUGCCAGGUUUGUCUGCUGCCCUCUAGUGUUGUAAUAGUGACUGUGUGGUUGUACAGGAAAUAUAAUCAAUAUCUGAAAGUUUGUAAGAUGGUAGAUUCUCAAAGGUUGGGUCAUAGAUUGGUUAGUACUUUACCAAAUUUAUUACCAAAGACUUACUUGGUGCUGUUGGUUGUAUAAUUUAUUUUGAGAAAAGAUUCCCUUCAAAGUAAUAAUAUAAUAAUAAUAAUAUCAAAGU